GCAGCCGGCCCGCCGCACCCGAGCACCCGCCGGUCCUCCGGGCGUGUUUCCCAUGGUGCAUCGCGGCGCGGCGGCGCUCUGGCCAGCCUGUCGCUGUCACCGCCAGGAGGAGGCUGAGGGAAGGCGCCGCUCGCCCCGCCGGAGCAGGAAGGAGCCACCGUCGCCAACUUCCCCUCGGCCUCCCCUCCCCCGCUGCCGCCGCUUCCUCCCCCCCGCGCCCUGCCGCCGCCCCGCCAUGCCGGGGGCCGCGGCACGGGCACUCUGAGCCGCCGUCGCCGCGCCCCGGCCCGGCCCGCCUUCUCUUCGCAGCUGUGCGGCCGGUUAUUGCACUUAAGAAUGAACAUUGAAGACAAGCUGGGAGGAUUAUUUCUUAAAUGUGGUGGCAUAGACCAGAUGCAAUCAUCCAGGGCUAUGGUAGGGAUGGGUGCAGUAUCUGACCAGUCUGGAGUGUCGGAACGGCAAGAGGCAGUGCUUCAAGAUCGGACUAUGGCGCACCAAGAAAUUCUUGCUGCAGAUGAAGUGUUACAGGAGAGUGAACUUCGACAGCAAGAGAUGAUUUCACAUGAUGAACUCAUGGUCCAUGAGGAGACGGUAAAAAAUGAUGAUGACAUCGAUGCGCAAGAUAGACUUCCUCAAGGGCUGCAGUAUGCUGUUAAUGUCCCUAUCAGUGUAAAGCAAGAAAUUACCUUUACUGAUGCAUCUGAACAACAGAAACGAGACAAAAAACAAAUACGAGAGCCAGUAGAUUUGCAGAAAAAGAAGAAAAGAAAACAGCGUUCACCAGCAAAAAUCCUUACAAUAAAUGAGGAUGGAUCACUUGGUCUGAAAACCCACAAAUCUCAUGUUUGUGAGCAUUGCAAUGCUGCCUUUAGAACCAACUACCAUUUACAGAGACAUGUCUUCAUUCAUACAGGUGAAAAACCAUUUCAGUGCAGUCAGUGCGACAUGCGUUUCAUACAGAAGUACCUGCUACAGAGGCAUGAGAAGAUUCAUACUGGUGAAAAGCCAUUUCGUUGUGAUGAAUGUGGUAUGAGGUUUAUUCAGAAGUAUCACAUGGAAAGGCACAAAAGAACGCACAGUGGAGAGAAGCCUUACCAGUGUGAAUAUUGUUUGCAGUAUUUCUCCAGGACUGAUCGUGUGCUGAAACAUAAACGUAUGUGCCAUGAAAACCGCGACAAGAAACCAAACAGAAGUGCCACCAAAGUUGGCUUCUUGCCAUCAGAGGAAGAUUCUGGUUUCUCUACGCCUAUGAAAGACAGCUCCUUGCCAAAGAAGAAAAGGCAGAAAACAGAGAAGACAAAAUCUGGGGAUAAGGAAAGUGCAGAUAAAUUGGAACAGAAGAAGGACAAAAAUGACUAUUUGCCAUUGUACUCUUCUAGUACUAAAGUAAAAGAUGAAUAUAUGGUAGCGGAAUAUGCUGUUGAGAUGCCACAUUCUUCGGUCAGUGGAACGCACUUAGAAGAAGCAAACUCUGGAGAAAUACACCCACCUAAACUUGUUCUCAAAAAGGUUAACAGCAAGAGGAGUCUGAAACAGCCACUUGAGCAAAGUCAAACCAUUUCACCCUUAUCUACAUAUGAAGACAACAAGGUUUCAAAGUAUGCCUUUGAUCUUGUGGAUAAGCAAAGUUUACUGGACUCUGAAGGUAAUGCUGACAUUGAUCAAGUUGACACAUUACAGGAAGGACCCAGUAAGCCUGUACACAGCAGCACUAAUUAUGAUGAUGCAAUGCAGUUUUUAAAGAAAAAGCGAUAUCUACAAGCAGCUAGUAAUAACAGUAGAGAAUAUGCCUUGAAUGUAAGUACCAUAGCAUCUCAGCCUUCAGUAACGCAGGCGGCUGUGGCCAGCGUCAUUGAUGAAACUGCUACAGCCUCAAUAUUAGACACACAGGCACUGAAUGUUGAAAUUAAAGGUAACCAUGACAAAAAUGUCAUUCCAGAUGAGGUACUGCAGACUCUGCUAGAUCAUUAUUCACACAAGGCUAAUGGACAGCAUGAGAUAUCUUUCAGUGUGGCUGACACUGAGGUGACUUCCAGUAUAUCAAUCAAUUCUUCUGAAGUAUCUGAGGUCACCCAAUCUGAGACUGUUGGAACAAGCUCUCAAGCUUCCUCAUCAGAUAAAGCUAGUAUGUUACAAGAAUAUUCAAAGUUUUUACAACAAGCUUUGGACAGAACUAGCCAAAAUGAUGCCUAUUUGAACAACCCAAGCCUUAAUUUUGUGACUGAUAACCAGACUCUUACAACUCAGCCAGCAUUUCCUUCCAUGGAGAAGGUCUACACAUCUAUACCCGUCAAUAGCUUUCGAUCGGGAAUGAACUCUCCAUUAAGAACAACUCCAGACAAGUCUCAUUUUGGACUAAUUGUUGGUGAUUCGCAGCACCCUUUUCCCUUUUCAGGUGAUGAGGCAAAUCAUUCUUCUUCCUCCUCUACACAGGACUUCUUGGAUCAAGUAACUUCUCAGAAGAAAGCAGAGGCACAGCCUGUUCAUCAAGCAUAUCAGAUUAGCUCGUUUGAGCAGCCCUUUAGAGCUCAGUACCAUGGGGCAAGAGCUGGAAUAUCAUCUCAGUUUAGCACUGCCAAUGGACAGGUGAACCUUCGGGGACCAGGGACGAGUGCUGAUUUCCCAGAAUUUCCCUUGGUGAAUGUAAACGAUAGCAGAGCUGGGAUGACUUCUUCACCUGAUGCCACAACAGGCCAGACUUUUGGCUGAGAAACCUUUGUAAAUAAUACUGGCACUUUAGAACACAUUUAUCAAAAGGGGGUUGCUCUGUAUAAGAUGGAGUUCUGUACAGCUUUUAAGAGCGCUAUGUUAAAACAAAACUAAGCUGAUAUUAGCAAGACCAAUAACUGCUUCCUUUUUUUCUUUUUUUUUUUCUUUAUUUUCUUUAUUUUGUUAGCAGUUGUUGAACUGCCUGAUGUUGGUGCCCUUAUCAAAAGCAGUUUGUUAUUCACUUGUUUGAAUCCAGAAAAUAUUUUACCUUCUAUGAAAUUUUAAAUAAACGAAAUCCCCAGGUAAGACUUUCCCCCAUGAUUGUUUCCUUACUGGUUUCCUUCUGUGCUUUGGGAGGACAGUUUAUUGUCUGACACUAUUCAUAUUGUCAUUUCUAAGCUUGUCAGCAUAGUCAUUGCUCUUCAGCAGGGAAUCAACAUGUACUGAACACACAGAAUAAAUGAUAAGGUUCAAAGGCAAAUACGGCUUUAAAAGAUGGCAUUUUCUAAAGAAAGAAUCGUUUGCCCAUCUCUCUCAAAAAUAAUUGUAGACCAUGUGCCCUUUUAUUUAUACUUUACAUUACCUUGAGUUGCGUUUGGAGGAAAAAUUGAUUUCUGGUAGACUACUAUUUAAAAGUCUGAUUAAUUUAACAUAUUUUAAACACUUUUUUUAAAGCAAAAUGCCUAACUGCUAAAGCCUUUACUUCAUUCCUGAAGUAAUGUGUAUUUCUUUGUACAGCUGAAUCUAGAUGUAACUUUUUAAUGACUUUUUCAUACACAGAUACCAAGAUUCUGAAGUUUUAGUUAAAAUACUCUGUAGCUGACAUUCCCAGUUGCGUAAUGCUUACACAAUUUAUGUAUUCCAGGUUUAAAAGCUUAAUUGUAUCUUACCCUACAUACUCAUAAUGAUUAGCAUAGAGCACUUAGUCAACUUCAUAGUUUUGAUUUCUCAAAAAAUAAAACCAUUUUUAGGUUUGAUAUGGUUGCAUCAUUUUCUUCUCAUACAGUAAUUCUUUUCAGUAUACCUGAGAUUGGGUACACUUUGCUUCCAUAAAAAAACAUUUUAAUUCUCUUUCUAGAACUUUGACAAUUCAGAUAAUUAAAUUUAUUGAAGUACCCCCUGAAAGCUGAAGAAGUGGGCAUUCAAUUCAAAUUCCCUACCUUUUUAGUGCUUGCUUAGUGGAAGUCAUUACAAUUUUACCAACCAGAACUGCUGAAUAAUGCUAGUGAACAGGAUUUAUUUUUCCAGCAUAGGCAAGUGAUCAGAACUUUUCAUUGCAUUUCACCAUAUAAAUAAACUACCAAGUUUAUCCCUGUACCAUGAAUAUGUUUUUUUGAAAAGUACUUUGUCUUGAAGUAUACAGUAUGGUACGAUAAGUAGUUACGUGUGCAUUUUUAAGGUGGUAAUAUUUGAGUAGCAUAACUAUUGUAUAGUUUAACAAGUUACAGAUUUUGAACUGUAUGUUCGUUUUUUUGCACCUUCCCUAAAGGGACACUGUCUGGUAGUUUAAGGCAGUUUAAGCCUAAUUUAGGCUGAUUAACCAGGUAAAAACACACACACACACGUAUGUAUAUAUAUAUAUAGGUAUGUAUGUAUAUGGUGGUUGUGUUUCUUUUUUAAAUAGGAUUGCAUACAUCCUUUUAUAGCCGUAUUGCUAGGUGGUAUCUCUCAAAUGAAACCAUCAGCUAGGAGAAAAGACUGCGUCUCAAGGGGCUAAAAUACAUCCUUUUAAGAAAGGACUUUAGAAGAUCAUACAGCAGUUCCCACCUCUUCCCAAAGCAGUAGCAGUAUUUUUAAUUUUCAUUACUAGGAAGCUCAUCCGUCUCUUUUCCCUAAUGGUAGCCCUGUUUCAGCGCUUCCUUCACCUGGUACAGUUGAGGGAGAAAGUAUGUUUAUUAUCCAUAGUUUGCUUCUUAUACUGACAAGAAAUACAAUUUAUGUAAACUUAAUACUUUUGUAUAACAAAAUAGGUUCUGUUUUGAUUCAUUGAUCCUGUGUAUAAUAUAGGAAGGUGUUUCAGCAUGCUAUGACUUGCCAGUAAUUUUGUCUGAGUAUUUGGCCCUGAUUCAUGAAGAAUGAGCAUCAAGGGAGAAAAGUAAAUUUCUCAUGGAUUAUUAAUGAUAUGUGUAAAGAAAUUUCUUUAAAGGAUAUUUUAAAACUG